CACAACUGCUUGUGGUUCAGGUUUUAGUGACGACUCAACACUUAAUGAAAACUCUUAUAAGGAAAAGUGGAUGGAGUCUAUACCUGAUGACAAACUCCUUUCGGCUGUUACUAUCCCCGGAACUCAUGAGAGCCUAACUCUGUAUGGUGGACCACUUAUACAGUGUCAGGCUUGGACCUUGGAGAACCAGCUGAAAGCAGGAUUGCGGUACUUUGAUAUACGUGUAGAAGCCAGUAUGUUCCACGACAUCCUUGAUGUCAUGGAUGGGCAUUUAAUACACACCAAGUUCCAUGAGGUGCUGAACAUUCUAUGGGAGUUCUUGGACAAACAUGGAAGUGAGUCUGUGCUUUUGAGAGUGACACUGCAAGGAAUGAGCAUGAAAAAAGCUGGAAAAUGUAUCAAAACAUUGAUUGAGAAUUCUGAAGAUAGAGUAUGGACAAAGAUAUUUGUCCCCAAAAUGCAAGAAGCAAGGGGGAAGAUCAUCUUCGUGCAGAGUACCAAUUUCAAUGUUGGAACACUUAACCAUGACACUUUUGUCACAGGUGACGACACAUUCAAAGACAUUGAAAACAUGAUGAAGAAGAUCACAAAACAUCUGAAAGAAGCUGAAGAGAAUUGUGGUCAUGCAUUGGCACUGACCGAUUCCUCCGCCACAGCCAUUUUCAAAGGCCCUAAAACUGUGGCCAAAGUAGUUAAUGGUCAGCUCAGUAAGCUCAUAGUUGAACUACAGACAGGCUCUAACAAACCAGACUGCUUGGGAGUAAUCAGCAUGGACUUCCCCAGUCCAGACCUCAUCCAGAACAUCAUUGAGAUAAACAGAAAUCCAGGAAGUGGUUCAUCUGAACAACCAGAACAGCCUGAACCAGUAGAGCCGGAACCUGCAAAGCCUCAGCCAGCUGAAGAGCCUGAAUCAGUACAGCCUGAACCGGCACAGCCUGAAACAGCCGGGCCUGAAUCAGUAGAGCCCGAGCCAGCGGAGCCUGAAUCAGCAGAAACUCAGCCAGUAGAAGAGCCUGAACCAGCAGAGCCUGAACCAGUAGAGCCAGAGCCAGCAGAGGCUGAACCAGCAGAGCCUGAACCAGUAGAAAAGCCUGAACCAGCAGAACCUCAGCCAGCAGAAGAGCCUGAACCAGCAGAGCCAGAGCCAGCAGAGGCUGAGCCAGCAGAGGCUGAGCCAGCAGGACCUGAGCCAGUAGAGCCUGAACCAGUAGAGCCAGCAGAGCCUGAACCAGUAGAGCCUGAACCAGUAGAGCCAGAGUCAGCAGAGGCUGAACCAGCAGAGCCUGAACCAGUAGAGCCUGAUCCAGCAGAGCCUGAACCAGUAGAGCCAGAGCCAGCAGAGCCUGAACCAGCAGAGCCCCAGCUGCCCAGAAAAACCACCAGAAAGAGCCUGAAACCAGCAGAGCCUGAACCAGCAGAGCCUGAACCAGCAGAGCCAGAACCAGUAGAGCACGAGCCAGCAGAGCCUGAACCAGCARAGCCAGAACCAGUAGAGCCUGAACCAGCAGAGGCUUAA